CUCCAAUAUUGACACCCCAGAGUCAUAAUGUCCACACCCUCCACCGCCGACCAGGUCGUGUUAGACAGUUUUGAAAUCUCUCGUCUGACGCCGGUCGAACUACGCGAAGAGACCUGGGGCUGGGUGAUCUAUCGAACGACCUACCAAUCCGACGCGGCAUUUAACAGAACGAUUGACAUCAUCACAUUCUGGAUUAAACAUGAUGUUUUAACCAACUUCAACUACCGCUCCGCACCACCCUCAGAUCUUGCGCCUAGACAUCAGCUGUGGACCCGCCACCAAUUCACAAUUUUCGAAGAUCUGACCACCCUGGACGGAGCAUCGAUCGAUACUGUCAGGGAACAAUUCGAGGCGUGGGGCGAGAGUCUAGGGAUGCGAGAUCAGUGGAAUAAAUAUCGCGUUUGUAUGAUGAUCGACCAGGAAGCAGUGGACCGGCUAAGCCAGGCGGUCCUGGCAGAAGAGCAUAAUGAGCUGUCUGUGGAUAAGUGCCUCGAGGAUUGGAAACGGUGGCAUGUUCCGGUGAUUGAGGCAUUCCCGGAUCUGGAUGUGGGGGACGACUACCAAGGGUGGAUAAACUGCUCUAUCUCUCAGCUGUUUCGCCUGUGGACGUUGAUGGGAGAUGCGAUGUCUGUGGGCAGAGCUACCUAUAUGGCGGAGGACGGGAUUUACUAAGCUUGAUGAUUGAUCAGGGAUCUGGUUUUCUGCUACGAAAAACGGUGAUGCUGUUGGGAUGGAGGAUACAACCAGUUUGAACUUUUGAUGGGAGAUUAUCAGUAUAAUUCCUUCUGGAUUGGCAAUCCUUGGCCUACUGAAGAACCCCUCACACGGAUAAAUCAGGGCAUCGUGGCGUCUUACUCAGCAUUCAGUCUUCGGGGUCAAUUUCAAGCCCGAGGGUGGCUGCUUACAUCGUUGAUUAACCGUAACUUGGAAUGAACGAAUGGUUAUAGCUCGCCUGGCCCC